GAGGGAAGGUGUAUUGGCCCAUUAUUUCGCGCAGACAAUCGACAUGAUGGUUGGUGGACACUUUUCCGGAAGAGGGGCAACCUCGCUCAUCGUCCUCGCCCUAGUUAUUAACCACGUUCCCUUGUCAUUUGCGGAGGUAGCUUGCUACGAGCAGUCGAUUGAAUUCUUCAGCACUCCAAGUGUGUCGAUGUCGCUGUUUUUGACCGACAGACAGGACAUCACAAACUCCUCGGUGGCCGACUGCGCUCGACUGUGUCGGCGAAGCGAUGGCUGCUUAUCGUUCACAUAUUCGAAGAUGUCCGAGUUCUGUUCAUUGCAUCCUCAUGACAGCUCCACCGGGCUGGAGUUCCAGCAUGCAGCAGAGACGGACGAUUUGUAUUAUGAGAUGGUGGACAAACACAUCGAUAGAACUGAGUACUUCGGGGGCUGUGUCAAGAGCAAAUGUCAAAAUGGCGGAUCGUGCAAAUCCGAUUGCUCCGAUGAAGGGUUCUAUUGCGCAUGUGCGGAAAACUACCGCGGGGACCGCUGCCAGUUUGCACGUGAGGACGAGCCUGUACUCGUGCAAACGCUAGAGGGGUCUCCAUCCCAAGGUAGCACGGGAUUCACCUUCAACAAUGAGCACUUUCUCAUCGUUGGUGGCUACAUCAGCAGCUACAACGGUUCAGAAAUUGAGGCCACGACCAGAGUGUUUAAAUUCAACGAAUCAACGGCCGCGUACGAGUACGACCAGGAUCUGAUUGGCUUGAGUAUGGCCAAACAAAUAACGCCCAUGGUGAUUGGUGAAAAGCUCUUUGUCUUUGGCGCCAAUUUCCAGACAUUUGGCGGGUCACGGACCGUCGAUUCGAUCGUGUACAUCUACUCGAACGGAACCUUCGACUCCUUCCAAAUGAUGACUACUUACGGAGCUUGGGCAAGUACCUUCUUAUCUUCCACUGCCGGCCCCAACUACAUGUUCAUUUCAAACUCCAGAGGUGACAACUACAAUAUGGACUCCCCCAUUUACAAAUGGUACAGCGAGUACGACAAGUUCUACCACGUGCAAAACGUUGGGACCAAAGGAGCGGGGACGCCUGUUCUAUUUGAGAUCGCAGGGGUGUCGUAUUUGGUGGUGCCGUUUUCCUAUGGGGACAGUGCUGGAUACAAUGCCCAGCCAGAGCUGUGGAAGCAAUCGCAAACUAGUUAUGUUUAUAUGGGUUGCUUUCUGGAUGACGGGAACCGUGCAAUGUCAGCGGACUUCUACAAUCCAGGCACUAUGGAUGUAGAGACUUGUGUAACCUACUGUCGACUCCGUGGUCAUCCGUACGCAGGGCUGCAAGCUGGGUCUCAAUGCUUCUGUGGAGAUGAGAACUACGAUGUAUACGGACUGCGAAGUGAUGGGGAGUGCAGCUCUAACUGCAACGGCAAUAGUAACGAGCAAUGCGGAGGCUCUUGGAGGAACUCCGUGUAUCUUACUGAUCACUCGUGGACGUUACUCCAUACGCUCCCUGACGCCACUGCCACCGUUGCUGCGACUCAUUUCCACCAUGCUGGAUCGGACUACCUCGUCCUGACACCAGAGACGGACGGCUCGAGUUGCGACCACGACUUGGUGACCUACGUCUGGAACGGAGAGAACGAAGAGUUCCAGACCCAUCAGAAGAUACCAGAAACACAGUGCAUUGUGGACGUAGAGGUUUUCAAGGCAAACGGUCGGAUGUUCCUGAUCAUCGGUGCAUCUCGGACUCAGCAUACCGUGUCCAGUAACGACGACUACACCGUGCAGAACAGGAUCUAUAUCAUGGAAGGAAGCAUCUUCGUCCUGUACUGGUCUAUAGAGGGCCAGGCCACGAUGGACUGGAGUGUCUUCAAAAGGAACGGGGAAACUUACCUGACACAAGCCAACACGAGGAGCGCUAAUAAUGGAAGUGAUUAUGGCGGGGCAGAGUUUAACAUAUAUCAAUGGUAUUAGGAUUCAUGAACUACUUCCCGAGUAGCAGGUUCCUGAAAGACAGGGGCCCAGUCUAAACAGAGAAGGAUUUACUCGUUUGAUCAUGGAGAACCAUUUUGAUGCCAAAUGUUGUAUAAAGUUAUUGUCCACUGUGCAAGAAGGCAUUUGGAAGCAAUCUGUUGUAAGGAAGGGGAGAAUUUUUGUAAGAAGAUGUUUCGA